AUGUCUACGAUUGCCAGUCCCAGAGACCCCUCGGCGCCCCUCCGUCGCGUGCCCUCAAACGUCAUAACCCCGACCUCAUCCACCAGACCCUCCCUCGACGCCGCGCGUUCCUCCGUCACCUCGCCCGUCAACAGCAGCGGCCCCGGCCCCGGCCCUCUUCCCGUCGCCAAGCGCGCAAACCGCGCCGCCCUGCGCGAGUACUACAACCUACGCAACGCUGCUGCUGCUGCCGCCGCUGCUUCUUCGCCACCGCCGCCGCGCAUUGGUGUCGAGCUGCCCGAUUCGGAGGUGCCCGUCAGCGACCUGGACAUUCCCGGCUUCACGACGGACGAGUAUGUUGCCAAGGUCGUUGCUGAGAAUAGCCUCGAGGACCUGCUGCGGCUGUAUACGCGCGUCGUUGGCGAGGUGCGCGCGCUGGACGCGGAGAAGAAGGCGCUUGUGUAUGAUAAUUACAGCAAGCUGAUUGCCGCCACGGAAACGAUUCGCAAGAUGCGAUCCAACAUGGACCCCCUCAACCCCAUGGCCUCGACCCUCAACCCGGCCAUUGCUCAGAUAUACAGCCAAGCCGCCGAGAUUCGCGAAACCCUGCGCGCUUCCAUCCCCGCCCCCGACUCGGACCAAGGCAAGCAGCGCGCCGCCGCCCAGCGCCGCAAACGCACCCGCGAGCUCGCCGUACAGGUCCUCGCCACCCCGGAGCGCCUCCGCCGGCUCGUCGCCGAGGGCAAGCUCGCCGAGGCCAGGAAGCAGUGGGAGCGCCCGAGGCAGCUCCUCCAGACCUGGCACGACAAGGGCUUUGGCGGCGACGAGGUCCAGGCGUGCAUUGACGAGGGCGAUGCGGCUGUGGCAGCACCGACGAGCAGCGAGGGGCGGGUGUCCAAGGACGGACGAGACUCGACAUCAUGA